AAAAAAAAAGAUUUAAAAUUUAAAUUCGUGUUGCAGUUUUCUCUCUCAUCCUGUUUAAAUUACGUUCGAUUUUAUUUGCAACAAUGUCGACAGCCAGUAAACGUCCAGUGCGUAAAAAGAUACGAAUCACCGACAAUCCUGAUGAUAUAAAAAUCGAAGAGCCAAAGAAAUGGUUCCCUGAAAAUUUCCACGAAAUUUAUGAUAAUAUAAAAAUAAUGAGAACUUGGGUGAAGGCGCCUGUUGAUACAAUGGAAGGAAAUAUUGAUGAUCGACUUGAUGGUCCAGAUGAAAGAUUUCUAAUUCUAUUUAGUUUAAUGAUCUCCAGUCGUACCCGUGAUACUCUUAACAUUUCGGUUAUGAAAAGAAUGAAGGAAAAUGGUCUCAAUCUUCAAUACGUUUUGGACAUUCCAGAAAAUAAACUCGCCGAGCAGAUAAAACCAGUUAACUUUUACAAAACGAAAGCGAAAAAUUUGAAAAAAAGUGCUCUCAUGUUGGUGGAAAAGUUCAACGGUGAUAUACCAAAGACAAUUGAAGAGCUCUGUGAAUUACCUGGUGUGGGACCGAAAAUGGGUUACCUGUGUUUACAGGCUGCUUGGGAUAUUACCGUUGGAAUUGGGGUUGAUACUCAUGUCCAUCGAUUGGCUAAUCUAUUUAAUUGGGUUCGUAAACCAACAAAGGAAUCAGAAGACACUCGAAAAGAGUUGGAAUCUUGGUUACCCAUUGAACUCUGGGAAGAGCUUAAUCUUAAUCUGGUUGGUUUUGGUCAGACCAUUUGUAAUCCAUAUAAACCAAAGUGUGACGAAUGUCUCAACAAUAAGAUCUGUCCUGGUGCUUUUACUCACAAAGUCCGAAAAAGUCCCAAAAAAUCAAGUCCAAAAAAGUGACCACCGAUUCACGAGCAAAACGGUUUCUGGUUCCUUCUCAUUUUAAUCAACGUUUUUAAUUGUCUUUUCAUUGAAUUUUUUGUUUUCUUUUAUUCAUUCAUACAUUUCUCAUUAAUUGAUUCUCGAAUCUUGAUUAUUUGAUUGUUCAUUCAUUUUUUAUUUCAAAUACUAUUGAUGUUCCUGUUUAACAGAAUAACCAAGUAAUUCAUUGAAUUCUUGUUCAAUGUAAAUCUAAUUUCUAAUUAAAUGAUUCAAUCUAUUA